GUUUUGAUUAUUUUUUGUGUGCAACGUGGAUUUCAUAUUUUUAUUUCUAUUUAGAUUCCUGGCAUAGAGAUUAAAAUUCCAAAAAAAUAUCACAAUGGCUCGACGUCCAAAACAGCAGCAACAACAACAACAAGUAAAUCAACAGCAACCAGCAGCAGCCCCAGUGGCUAUGGUACCACCACCCGGUAUGAUGAUGUCCGCACAACAUCAACAAAUAAUGAUGCAGGCAUUAAAAUCGAAUGUGCCAAAUUUAGAUCCAAAUGAAACAAAACAAUGGCAUACAAUAUAUCCACAAUAUAUUAAUUCCAAUCUAACUGUUGAUCGUGGUCGUCGUAUUGGUCGUUCGAAAUGUAUCGCUGAUCCAAUGGCCGAAGAAAUAUUCAAUGUAUUGGCUGCCAAUCCACAACAAUUUCAAGUACAAUUAAACAUGUAUAAAUGUUAUUGUCGUGAAUUGGAUAAGGAAAAUAUUCGUUUACGUGGCUAUGUAAAAUAUCGUAUCAUUAAUAAUGAACAACAGCAACAAUUUAAGAAUAAAAGACAAGUAUUGCAAUAUGUUGCAUCGAUGAUACCAAAAUUGAAAUCACGACAAAAUCCACAAAAAUCUCAACAACAGCAAACAUCCGGUAGUGGUGGUGGUGGUGGUCAACAAUCUGAACAAACGAUAAAAACUCAACAACCAUCACAACGACAGCAGCAGCCACAACCACAAGGUGGAGGUGGAAAGAAAAAGAAUCGACGAAAAUAAUUGACAGAAUGGUGGAAUUAAAAUCAAAUUUUCAUUCAUGAAGCUGAUUGUGUUCGAAUUUUUUUUUUCGUAUAAAAAUAAACUUUCGAACAAAUUAAAAAAUCCCUCGAUGUUUAUUUUGUUUGUUUUUUUCGUUCAUUCAAUUCUGUAUUUGUCAAUGUAUGCAUGGUUAAAGUAAAAAAUUUUUAAAUAAAAAAAAAUUUCAAAUUGAUAAA